UUUUCGUUCUUAUUUAUAUAUAUCUCAAGAACAAUUUCAACGGUGGAUACUGUCCUGUUGACAGAUUCCAAAGAGUUUCAGAACAUGGGUAAAGUCAAAGAAAGCAUAGAAGAAGAAGGACAAUUGUCAAAUCCUCUGCUGCUUGUUGAAGAGAGUUGUGGUGGAAGUGACGAGAAUGGAUCUUUCUCUCCCACAACUUCUAUGGUUGUGCUUAGCACCUUCGUUGCUGUGUCUGGAUCCUAUGUUUUCGGUUCUGCUGUGGGAUAUUCCUCACCAGCUCAGUCUGGAAUAGUGGAAGAACUGGGCCUUGUUGUGGCACAGUACUCGCUUUUCGGUUCAAUAUUAACAAUUGGGGCAAUGAUAGGCGCAAUAGUGAGUGGCAAAAUAUCCGAUUACAUCGGUCGAAGAGGUACAAUGGGCAUCUCUGAGAUAUUCUGCAUUGUGGGAUGGCUUUGCAUAGCUUUCUCUAAGGUUGCUUGGUGGCUUGACCUUGGAAGACUUUUAGUUGGAUGUGGGAUGGGGCUUCUUUCUUAUGUGGUACCUAUUUAUAUAGCAGAAAUAACACCGAAGAAUAUUCGAGGGGCAUUUACAGCAGUUCAUCAGUUGAUGAUAUGCUGUGGGGUGUCAUUGACAUAUCUCAUUGGGGCUUUUGUGAACUGGCGCAUUUUGGCUAUUCUUGGAACAAUUCCAUGCAUAAUACAACUUCUAGGUUUAUUUUUCAUUCCAGAAUCUCCCAGAUGGCUAGCAAAGAUCGGCCAAGAAAAAGAGUGUGAAGCUGCUUUACAGCGCCUUAGAGGAGAGAAUGUCAAUAUUUCUCAUGAAGUUGCUGAAAUUAGAGAUUACACAAAGACCCUUCGACGGCUAUCCGAAGCUAGCACUAUUGAACUAUUCCAGUGGAGAUAUGCUCGUUCACUUUUAGUUGGAGUUGGCUUGAUGGUGUUGCAACAAUUUGGAGGAGUUAACGGCAUUGUAUUUUAUGCAAGUGCUAUAUUUGUUUCGGCCGGAUUUUCUGGUAGUGUUGGGACUAUAGCAAUGGUUGUUGUUCAGGUUCCAAUGACAGCAUUAGGGGUUGUUUUGAUGGACAAAUCUGGACGAAGACCGCUCCUUCUGGUUUCUUCUGCUGGAACAUUCUUGGGGUGCUUUCUUGUGGGAUUAUCAUUCAUCUUGCAGGAUCUUCAACAGUGGAAGGGAGCUACUCCCAUUUUAGCACUUGUUGGAGUACUGGUGUAUACAGGAUCAUUCUCAUUAGGCAUGGGAGGAAUUCCUUGGGUUAUAAUGUCAGAGAUAUUUCCCAUAAACAUGAAGGGAUCGGCUGGAAGCCUUGUGACAUUAGUUAGCUGGUUAGGAUCUUGGAUUAUCUCAUUUUCUUUCAACUUCUUAAUGGAUUGGAGCUCAGCAGGAACAUUUUUCUCAUUCUCGAUCAUAUGCGGAUUAACUGUCGUGUUUGUCGCCACGUUGGUACCGGAGACAAAGGGAAGAACGCUGGAAGAAAUACAAGCAUCCUUGAAUCCCAUUUCGGCAAAAGAUUAAUGAACUAACUUUGGCAUGCUCAAAUGAUGAUGUUGUUACCGAAGAGUAAAAAGAAAAAUGAUUUCCAAGGUUGGCUGAGUACUCCAAGUCUUACAUCUGGCUUCUUGCUUAUAUGUACUUCCAAACAAUAGAUGGGCUUAAAAUGUUUUGUUUUGUUACUAUGUCAAUUUUGAAUAACUAUUUAACGUUUAAGAUUUGUGGUUGCGCACUUACUCAUUUUGUUCAAAAACUUUUAGGAUAAAUUUUGUGAUGAAAUCAACCGCAAGUUUCCGCA